UGUGUCCAUAGAAACUAAAGUGCACAAACAUGGAGUCGGCAGAAAGCGGCGGCAGUGGACGGGGAAAAGGCAGUGAAAACACUAACAGUCGCAGUGUAGCAUUCGUUGUCAGCAUGGAUAACAAUGUAACUAAGUCCACGAAGCCACCACCAAGUCGAUUUAAAACAUAUCACAAGAAAGAGAUCACCAGCCAAGCUUUAGAAGUAAAGCAACACGAAGCAGAAUGCAGAAGAAAGGAAAAUGAAAGACAAAUGAUCAAGCGACUAAUCCAAAAGAGAGAAGAGUGUCAAAAAUUGAACGCACAUUUUGAAGAACUUCUUGCACAGCAUGCAAAAUUCAAAGGCAUGGAAGGAACUGAAGACAUUCCGUUAAUGUCCAAGAAGGAGUUAAUAGAAAAAUUCAGAACAGUCAACAAAGGUUACAGUAAAAUGGCAUCAUGUAUUACCAACCCCAAUACAUCUUGAAUCCUUCUUUUGAUAGAAAUAUCAGCAAUUACUCUAAAGGUUGAUGUACAUUCCAAAAGAGUGUCCAUUUUUAAGUUACAUGAAAAUGAACAGCUUAAAUGUUGUAAAGAAUGCUGUUUUCACGUUUGACUUAAAUCAACAGACUUAACCUCUCUUACAUGUGAGAUAAGUAAUUGUCUCCCACUGCUUCCAAUAGCCAUGCAAUAUUGCUUCUAAUUGUGUGGGUUUUUUUUUGUGUGGUGCAUACAAGAGUAUGCAUGCAUACAAACAUGAAACAGUCAGAAAAUCUUCAAAUUGAAUAAGCUUCUAACACAAGGAUAAGGUAUUGGUAUAUCAGAUUUAUUUGCACAAAAGGUUUCCUACAAAAAAUUAGACAAACAUUUUGUCCAGCAAUGUCAAAACAAAGUCCUCCACAAGUUUUUUUUAACAGAUUUAUUAAAAAUAAAAUUUUGUAAAAAGAAGUCAACAUUAUUUAAAUAUGGGUUAGA